AUGGGCCGUGGGAGCGCCUCAGGACUUCCCAGGGACCCGGGGGUGGAGGGAGGUACUCUUCAAGCAGCUGAAGAUGGAGACGGCUAUGAGGGGGGCUGUGGACCGUGCGUACCCAGGCCAGAGGCAGUGAGCCGGGGGAAAGGCCUGGCCCUCUGUCCCCUGGGAGGCCAGAGCUGCAAAUGGAGCGAGGGCUUUUACCUGAGGAGCAGACACACAGACACAGAGAUGAGACGAUCCGAGAUGUGA